UACAUACUUAAGUAUGUACCCAGCAAUUAGACACAGACCUAGACCUGGACGUCUUCAAUGCUGCAACAUUGCAACAUUUCCAACACUGCUGCACACAACGAGCUGGUCCGUCCUAACUUCUCCCUUCUAGCUAUCUCGCCAUACCAGCUUCUAUUUUGCCACAUCGCGCCAUGGCAAUGGGGGACUCGAGGGCUACCAGUAUCAUGGACUUUGUCCAGAGGUACAGAGAUUACGAAGGACGUCGUGAUCUAACUCAUGAACUCAUUAAGGAUCUCAUGAUAUAUGCCGAAGAAGUUGAAUCCUCAUCGCGCGUCGAGAAUGCCCGCUUGGUCCAACAGCUAAGAGAGGUGACUAUGGAUCUCGACGAUGCCACCAAGUCGAGGCGCCAGCUGCAACAUCGCCUGCAAGAUGUCGAGGAACGCAUGGGAUUUGUCUCACUGGAUAACAGUCAGUUGAAGAACCGAAAUCCCUACGUGUUGGUCCUGAUUGAUGGCGACGGUUUGAUUUUUCGCCAGCACUUCAUUAAACAAGGUAUCGAAGGCGGUAGAAGAGCAGCCCUCGAACUCCACAAGGCCGUCAUUUCUGAUCCCCUUAUCCACGCAAACGAAGCCCAGAUAUUUGUUAGAGUUAACGCAAACCUGGCUGGUCUCAAAAAGGCAUUGAAGCGUGACGGCUCAUUGACCGCCGAGGACGACUUUUAUGAUUUUGUGGCAGGUUUCAACCAAGCCAGUUUCUUCGAUUUUGUCGACGUAGGCACUCAUAAAGAAAUAGCUAUCUCUAAACUGAAAGAAAUCGCUCUAUUUCAUAUACAAAGCCCUAGUUGCAAACAAAUCAUCAUGGGUAUAUCUCAUGACCCUACGUAUGGGCCUAUCCUGGAUGAGAUUAUCAGAGGUGACAUCAUUACACAAGAGCGCAUCAAAGUACUCGAGGGAUGCCCUACAGUGCGCGCCGUUGUUUCGAUUGGGACCGAUAUUAUUAGGUUUCAGGACAUAUUUCGAUCUGAUAAAUUAACGGAUAGACGCACUGUUUCCAGCCAUUCUGUACACUCGGUUCAAUCGGGUUCAUCAAUAUCAACCUCGACUUCAGGACUUCCAAAUAUCUCUUAUGCCACGGUUACUCAAAAGGCGAGCCCACCGCCGCAGAUCACUCUCCCAAUACCGCUGGCUCCCAAGACUACCAACGCGUCCCUACGUGUUGUCAAGCAGCCCCCGAAACCUUCCUGGAAUCCAGGCCCGAGAGGGCUAGAUGCUCCGAUUCCUUUGAAUUCAGUAACUUUGGAGACUAUCAAGAAACGAAAAGACAACAACAAACUAUGCAAUAAUCACUUCCUUCGUGGACCUUGUGCGAAGGGCGACGACUGCUGCUUCGUGCAUGAUUAUAGCCCUAAUAAAGAUGAGAAAAAUGCCAUUGCCUUCCUUGCCCGCCUCAACCCCUGCACUAAUGGACAAGAUUGCGACGUCGAUAACUGUAUCUACGGCCAUCACUGCCCGAGCGUUGUUAAUGGUAUUUGCACGCAUCCGUUUUGCAAAUUCCGCCCCGAGGAACAUCCGCCUGGAACAAAGCUCCGAAACACUAAAAUUUAAUAAAAACUUUCUAGCGCCAUCAGCAACAUUAGUGCUCAUCGUAUGCAUAUCAUUCGAUGUUUUAGUAGUUAAGAAGUUGCUGAAGAUGUUCGGAGAUCAGAGAUGCUCGCUGGGGGUUCGAAGUCCCAAUCCGAUGGGGAAAUAUCUACAGGCUUCUAUGAUGAUAUGUAACAUUAGCGACAAAGGACGCACGACUUAUUGCUGAGGCGUCUGAUGAGAGAACGAGUUGCAUCUGUCUAUCAGAUGCUCGGGUAGCAUAAGCGUGCAUAGCCGAUGCGAUGAUCAAUGAAUACCAUUUUAACAUGAUUGGUACGGAAAUGAAAAUUAUCUGUGAC